AGAAAUUCCAGCACUUAAUUCCUUAAACAAUAAAAAAAUACUUAUUAAACCGUCGAUAAUACAACCUACAGCGUUCACAAUUGACCACCUAAAAUAAAGUUCCCAGCAUGCACUCACGUUAAGCACCGGGCAAAUAAGCAUGGAAAAAACUUUCCAAAAUCGUCAACAGCCAAUGAGACAACAAUCCAUGCCAAACGCACCCUUACACAGCAAGCAGAGAACAAACAAAAUGACCGUGCAAACAGCGAACACAACAAGUCCAGUGAGAUGGCUGAAUGCGCAUAAUAAAAGCAACACACAAACAACAACAGCAACAACAAAUGCAUUACGUAACAGCAGCAACACCACGCAAUACCACCGCAAGCAGCAACAACAACAACACAAAGCGACAACAAUAACACAAACAACACCAUGGCGCCUGCCGACAACAACAACACUACUACUCUGCACACUAACCCUGCUAAGUGUGUGUACGCCGCACAUAUACGCCUUUUGCCCCUCCAAGUGUCAGUGCCUCAGCGGCGAUGCGAACAGUCGUGCUUACUGCGCGGAUGCGGCGCUCGAAGAUGUGCCGAUCCAGCUGAAUCCCGAAACGAAAUACAUCAAUUUGACAAGGAAUAAAAUACGCAAUCUGGAAUUUACACUGCCAUUUUAUAUGAAACUCGAAGUGCUCGAUCUGUCGCAGAAUAUCAUCGAAACAUUGGGUUCGAAAAAUUUCGAAUAUCAAAAGGAUAUGCGUACGCUGAAUUUGAGUCGCAAUUCGGUGAGCGCACUGCAGAAGGAUGCCUUCAGAGGACUGACUAAUUUGCUGGUGCUCGAUUUGAGUUAUAAUCGCAUUGAGGUGGCGCAUCCCAGUGCUUUGAGUAAUCUCACAUCGCUGAUUAAACUCGAUUUGACAAAUAAUAAUAUAGUGAGCUUGGAGGAUAAUUGUUUUCACAAUAUGAUAUCCAUGGAGAUAUUGAUAUUUAAGAAUAAUCAACUGUUGGAUGUGCCAUCGAAUAAUUUGCAACAUUUGCAUGCGCUCAAAUCGCUGGAUUUGUCUGAUAAUCUGGUGGAGUAUGUGCGCAACGAUAGCUUCGAGGGGCUGCGCGAGCUGAUGAUGCUCACGAUGAGAGGCAAUGUGAUCUCGGAGUUGGAUUUGAGCGCGUUCGAGGGUCUGACUGCACUGAAGCAUCUGGAUUUGGCCGAUAAUAAUUUGACGAUGGUGCCUACCCAGCAACUCUCGAAAUUAUCCAAUCUCACUUUUUUAUCGCUGAGUGGCAAUCGGUUUUCGCAGCUACCCGCCGUUGCAUUUAUGAAUUUAUUUCAUCUGCGUGAACUACAUUUAAAUCGUUUGGAUCGACUAAAUCGCAUUGACUCAAGAUCCUUCAUCGACAACACGCACCUACAAGCGCUGCAUCUCGCCAACAAUCCCCAACUCUACGACAUCCCCAUGCGCCUGUUCCAAGGCAAUCCGAACGUGCUCGAAAUCUAUAUGCAAGGCAACAGCCUACAGACCCUCUACUCCGCGCAAUUCCCCGUCGAUCAGUUGGAACGUCUCUAUCUAGGCGAUAAUCCGCUACAAUGCAAUUGUUCACUGCUCUGGCUGUGGCGUUUGGUGACGGGCAAUUUUGAUGGCGAGUCCAACAACAACGCGGGCGGCGUGCAUGUGACACACACACAAGGCGAAGCUGCAGUUGCUGCGCUGGGUACAGCCGAUGCGGGCACAGUGUCGGACGCAGCAGCCGAAGCUUAUGUGGCACAGCACAAGUAUGCGACUUCACGUGGUAGUGGUGGUGGUGGUACUAGCAGCAGCAGCAGCAGUGGUGGCACCAGUGGCUAUCUACAACUCGACACCGAACGCAUUGGCUGUGAUAUAUGGCAGGACAAUGUGCGCACCCGACGUCGACUCAUCACAAUGUCUGAGAGUGAAAUCACCUGCCCCGCGCAUAUUGUCACUAUCGUCUGUGCAAUUUUUACACUCUUACUCGUACUUGCGAUCGGCGCCAGCAUCGUCUUCUAUUUACGUUUUGUGAAACGACGCCGAAAGCUCUUACAUGACCGUUCACUCACGCGUUCCGGCAAAUCCAUAGUCAACGUGCACGAUCGCAUAUUACAACAUCAGCCGCUGAGCGGUGGUGGUGGUGGCGGCGGCAUGCUCGGUAUGGGUGUUGGCGGACUCACCUAUCCACAUCACACAUUGCAACCACAAGGCGGUGGCACACAUCACGCCAUGCUGCCGCUGCACCCACACGAAUAUCAGCAAACACUACCAGCGCAAGUGGACAAGUUGGAGCUGGAACGAUAUCUGGCGGCGCAGGCGAUCGCCAAUGAGUAUCGUGCCUUGAAGCCGUGGGAGCUACCGCCAGUGAAGGAUGCGAAUGCCUACAGCGACGAGCCGGAACAUUUGUAUGAGAAAUUCGAUCAUUAUGACUAUCCGGACAUGCAGACGCUGAGCAAAUCGAAACAGGCAACGCUAAUGUCGAACCACAAUAGCAACACUAGCGAUGCAUGCAACACCAACACCAGCAACGGUGUGGUACCGAUGGGCAAGGGUGGCGCUGGUGCAGGCGGCACAGCGGUCAAGCCACAUGUUGUCUACGUAUGACUCCCGGGUGGGCAAGUGGAUGUCGGUGCAAAGGGUGGCAGUCAAAGUGCGGAGUACGAGCGAGGUGUGGGCGUGGACAUGGAAACCGAAGGCGAGUUGCGCUAUUGUCUCAACAACAACUACAGCAGUUAUGUGAAAUUAGUUUAGAAAGGGUAUCAAGUAAGGAACAGAAAUACUUGAGAAGAGGAGUAAUGAGCGAGUGGAAUGCUGUUGAGAGCAAUGAACUUUAAUCAAAUUUAAUAGAGCGCGAUGAGCGAGUCUUUAAGUCUAGCUGAGCUGCAGUGGGAGGCGAGAGGGAGACAAAGAGAGCGGAAGAGGAACGCAGUAGCACUAUAAGUAUAACAGCUGCAAUAACAAAAAAAAACACCGUUAAAAAUGUGUUAACUAAACAGAAGACGAAAAAUAAACUAAAAUCGUUUAGAAGCAGCGAUAAAUCGAUACAAGGGUAUAUAUAACUAUAUGUAUAUUAGCAUAUAAGUCAUAAACAAGUACAUACACCAAUAACAACAAAAAA